AUAGCUAAAAGGCUAAACCCAUCAUUGUAGCAAGCAAAUAUUAGCUACACUACAUACACAUCCCCAACACCAUGGCUGUCUCCAACUCAAACCUUGCCAUCAUAACCAUAACCAUCCUCCUCAUGCUUCUAAACAGGGCAUGCUCAUUAAAUUCCCUUGGUUUCAGCUUCGAUAACUACUUCCAUCAAGAAGAAAGAAACCUAAUCUUGCAAGGUGAUGCAAAGAUUUCACAAACCAACACACUCCAACUCACCAGCACCCCCAACAAAGUUGUUGGACGAGUCUUGCACUCGUUUCAAUUACAGCUAUGGGAUAAAAGCACAAACAAACUCGCAAGCUUUGACUCACAAUUCAGCUUUGUGCUCACAUCCCCGGUCCGCGGUCCGGCCGAUGGGAUCGCCUUCUUCAUCACAUCGCCGAACUCUACCAUACCACAGAAUUCCGGCGGAGGUUACUUAGGGCUUUUUAAUUCUAAGACUGCCCUAAGUAACACUUCGUCGAACCAAGUGGUGGCAGUUGAGUUUGACACGUACAUUAAUCCUACUUAUGAUCCAAAUUACAAUCACAUUGGAAUUGAUAUUAACUCCAUUAAGUCCUCAAAGCUUGUUAGAUGGGACAGGAGGGAAAAUGAAACCCUUGAUGUAUUAGUAUCAUACCAUGCUGAGACACAAACCCUAGAAGUCAAAGCUAAUUACCCGGAUGGUCAAAGUUAUGAGGUGUCUCAUGAGAUUGACUUGAGGACUGUGCUUCCAGAAUGGGUUAGGGUUGGGUUCUCUGCUUCCUCUGGAAACCAAUAUCAAUCGCAUAGCGUUCUAUCAUGGUCUUUCUAUUCUGGUUUGUAUUACAUUGGUCACAAGAAUGAGUAUCUUGCAAGUGAUAUAUGAUGAUCUGAACGAAUUAAUUUCUAUGUUAUUAUAUGAUGUAUAUGAUCAUCAUAUAUAUGUAUGUGUUAUGAUAUGUACUUUAUAUUAUGGUGCUAAUAAAGGACAAGUUUUGUCCAUGAUCUAAUAGUAAUAAUUAAUAAUGAAUGGUGAAAA